AUGACGCGUAAAAGUGCUGCAAAACAACAAAAAAUUAGUGACCCCAAGUUCGUUCCAUACGUCGCUCCUAAAGCCUCAAAGGAAGCUGUUAUUUUUACACCAGCUCCUUCGUCUUCUUCAACCUCAACUUCUGUCCCCACCAACUUAGAUUUAGAAAUU